AUGGUGGAAUUGAAGAAAGCGGUUGCCAAAAAAUCUAUUGAGGCUUUCUUCCAAGGGGGAUACGGUGUUUUGAGAUAUCAAGGCCGAUUGUGUGUUUCAAAUGGAAUUCCUAAAUAUGCCAAAUAUGUGAAAGAUAUUGUGGCUAACAAGAGUAGGUUGGCUGAGUAUGAAAUGCUGGCACUCAUUGAGGAGUGCAGUUCAAGAAUACAAAAUAAGCUACUUACCAAGUUGAAAGAUCCUAGGAGUUUCACGAUGCAAAUCAUGAUAGGUAAGUGCAUCAAUGCAAGAGGUUUAUGUGAUUUAGGUGCAAGUAUCAACUUGAAACCUACAUCCAUGUUUUGGAAACUUGUCUUCAGAAAGCCAAAGCCUACUACUAUAAUGUUGCAACUGGCAGAACACUCUGUAGAUAUGCCUGAUGGUAUUAUUAAGAAUGCCUUAGUCCAAGUGGGAACUCUCAUAUUCCUCAUGGACUUUGUCAUCUUGGAUUUUGAUCCUGACCCAGAAGUUCCAUUCAUUUUGGAACGUCCUUUCUUUGCAAUUGGAGGAGCAUUGAUUGAUAUGGAUGCUAGUAGAUUGACAAUACAGACCCAUGAAAAGGUAGAGGUCUUUGAUAUUUACAAGGAAAUAAAGUUUCUUGCAAUCUGUGAAGACAUGUAA